AUGAUUGAAAAAAUUACUGAUUACACAAAUAUAAAAAUAACUGAACUAUCUAUUUUAUAUGGUAACACAAGUACAUUUACUGGGCACACAGACAUUAUUGAAAUUAAAGCAUUUAUUGGUUUAUUGUAUUUAUGUGGUAUUUUCAAAUCGGGCAUCGAAGAUGUAGAAGGACUUUUUGCUACUGAUGAUACUGGUAGAGACAUAUUUCGAGCGACAAUGAGUUUGAAACGGUUUUUAUUUUUGCUUUCAACUAUUCGUUUUGACAAUAUAUAUGAUAGAGAUGAUAGAAAAUAA